GAUGAGGCGUUUGGCCGUGGAGAGUGGCCGGGGAGCGGCAUGAUGUUUACCUCAGCAAGGGUCAUCUUGGCGGCGGCGGUGUCGUUGCCUCGCAUGCCGGAGUGUGAGGCACCCCUGGCCCUGCAGGGUUAUACAGGGGUUCGAACACAGUGUUGUCAUCCCGCCCGCAGCGUCCCUCCUCGCCCGCCGCCUCAUCUCUCAGAAAAGGAACGUGAGUGACCCAGUGGUGGUGUUGGUGCUGAGUCCUGGUGCCUGCCGUGGGGUGGAGGGUUGGUCGCUGUCAGGGCGGAGCGAGUGGGUGCCUUAGUGAUGUCCACCCAGUACAAGCGUGCCUCCAUCACCAGUGUGGGCGGCAAGAGGCGGUCGGGGAGCACCAAGUUUGAGCUGACGGAGGAGCAGAAGGCCGACAUCAAGGAGGCAUUUGACCUCUUUGACCCCAACGGCACUGGCACCAUUGACCCCAAGGAGCUGAAGGUGGCCAUGCGAGCGCUGGGGUUCGAGCCGAAGAAGGAGGAGAUAAAAAAGAUGGUGGCAGAGAUUGACAAGGACGAAAGUGGGAAGAUCAGGUUUGAAGAGUUCCUUCACCUCAUGACGAUUAAGAUGGCUGAGAAGGAUGUCAAAGAGGAGAUUCUGAAGGCGUUUAAGCUGUUCGAUGAUGAUAAUACAGGGAAGAUCUCCUUUGCGAACCUCAAGCGUGUGGCGGAGACCCUUGGAGAGAACUUGACAGACGAAGAGCUGCAGGAGAUGAUUGAGGAAGCCGACCGCGACGGAGACAAUGAGAUCAACCAAGAGGAGUUUUUCCGCAUCAUGAAGAAAACAAGUCUCUACUGAUGUCCUAAAUCAAAGAACUGUCAAUUUUUUUCAUCCCCCCCCCCCCCAUCCUUGUCCACAUUCCAGCUGUGCGCUUAUUUCUGUGUUUGUGCUUCAUUGCCACGUAUAAUCCAGACUUGGUUUUCUCUGUACUGUGAAGUGAGAAAGGUUGUGUUUGUGUGGCCUGUGCCCUCCAGAAGCUGCCACUGAGGGCAUUUUUGUGUACUUUUUAAUCCAUGGUGUGAUUUCUUUGUGUAUACGCUGGUGCUUCUUUUUUUGAGUGACUAAAAAUACAGAAAUAUAUAUAGAUUAUUUUUUUACAAAGUUCUGUGAGAUUUAUUUGCAUACACACUGCGUUUGCUUCGUGUUUGGUUAGCUUGUGUGUUUGCUAAGCCGAGAGACCGUUCCGAGUGCUGUGUGUUUCUGUGUUCAUUUUACAUUUAGAUACUUUGUGUGAACGCUUAGCUGUGAGACCCUUUGAAGUUCUAU